AUGCUUUCUCGUAUUACUUAAUCUGGCAUUGUGGUAGAAGGAACGCCGUUUCAACGAGUAUAUACUUUUAUAUUUUCUUCUGUGUUUCUUUUACAAUUUUCAAUUAUUAUUAGUGUUUUAUAUUCAAAGCUAUUUCAAGCAUCUUUUUCUAUUCUUUGAAGAAUGGACAAAGUUUCCGUGUCAAAGGGAGUUUUUGCUCAUACGGGUAGUUAUAAAAUUGGGCGAAGUAAAAUAAAUCAAAGUCUUUAUGAUUAUUUUAAUGAACCGUGGUAUAUUGCGUACAAAGAAAUAUGGGAUAGCAUUCAAAUGAAGACCGAGUCUAUAAGAUCUAAUAUGAUCCAUCAAUUGAUAUCAGAUUUAAAAUCUUUUGUAUCCAGUGUAAAAUCAAAUAAUAUAGAUAUAUUUGACAAUGAAAUACCUACAGCUAUGUUAUUAACUGGUAUCAACGUUCCUGAUCAUGCUAAACUCUUUCAAAAAAUAGUUGUUCAAUUACGUACUCUAACAAUGCACGUUGCAAUAUUAUGGAGUAAAGAUUCUAACAAUAUAAAAAAUAUAGUAUCUGAUACAGUAUUUCAAUUGAUAAAUAAGAAAGAAGAGGAUGAUAUAGAAAUAAAGAGAACUCAAUGUAAUAUGCGUGCUUUAAAAUUAUGGUAUACAACGCAUUGCAAUCCAUUGGAUCCCAUAAUUAUUAUUAUUUCUGAUUUUGAAAGUUUUUCACCUGAAGUACUUCAUGAUUUUAUUUUGAUCCUAAGUUCUUAUUCGGAUAAAAUAAAAUUUAUACUUUUUUUUGGAAUUGCAACUACAUUGCACGUUGUACAUAGAUCUUUAUCUUAUGAUGCUACUUCCAAAUUAAAAAUUAAGGUAUUGCACAUGCAAACGCAAGUAAAAAGUUUAGCGGAUAUAUUAGAGGGAACGAUUUUUUCAUCGGAUAUUUCAUUUAGAUUGACUGGAAGAGCUUUUCAAUUAUUAACAGAUAUAUUUUUGUUUUAUGAUUUUUCAGUCGAUCGUUUUUUACAAAAUUAUAAGUUAUGUAUGAUACAACAUUUUUACGGAAAAAACAUAAACUCUUUGUGUUGCCGACGAAAAGAUAUUAAAUCAAGAUUAUCUUCUUUAACGAAAGAGGAUAUUAAAGAUCUUAAAAAGUUACCAUCGAUUGUUAACUAUAUGCAAAUCCAAAAGGAAUCAAAUAAAAAUGAAAAAGAACUUAACGAUGAAAAAUUUAAGGAUUUAAUAGGAACAUUAUUGAUGGAAUUUCACAAAUAUAUUAUACGAUUUUUAACAGUAUUAAGAUGCUUACACUCUUUAGUAUCGACAUUACCUAAGGCACAAUUAGGAAAACAGUUACGUGAAGUUUAUACUAAAGCAGUUUAUUCGAGUAACCUUACGGAGUCUCAGGAAUAUAAGGAAUGUCUUCAACUAUUAAAUUUUUUAUCGAAGGAAGAGCUUUUAACUAAAUUAGAAUCUAUCGAGAAAAUACUUGAGGAUACGAAGGAUCCUAUUAUGAAAAAAUUUCAAGAAAAUCUUACUACGCGUAUAAGAGAAAUCAAAGAUGCUAGUUUGGUCGUUAUUAGUAAUGAUACUAAAGAAAUAGUUUCUGCCGAUGAGAGACUUACUCGUAUACAAUUGAAAGAGAAAUUACUAAGAAUGAGUCAAACCCAUAAACGUUCGCCGUACAAGCAAGCGCAAAUCGAUAUAAUAAAUUACUUAGAUCAUGAGAUCUUCAGAGUUCACCUAACGAAUCCUAGUAACGUACCAACUAACGAGAUAUUUUGUUACAACGAUGGAAAUGCAGUGAAACAACAUAUACGCGGUUCUGUUAGGGGUGCCAUACACAUGGGUUUGAACGAUCCUCAAAUGUAUUUGCAGUGUGACUGUUGCAAAUUGGAAAACGAGGACGCCAUUCCGGCAACACUGCCCGAUUUAAGUAUAAUUUAUAAGCUACACUUGGAAUCCAGGAAGCUAAUCAAUAUGUACGACUGGUUGCAGGCCUUUUCAACGAUCGUAGAUCCGGUUGAGGAUAUAGAGGAGGAACGGCAGAUAGAUCCUAAAAUACAAGCACGUUUCACACGAGCGGUUGCAGAUUUACAAUAUCUAGGAUUCAUCAAGACGUCUAGGAAGAAAACCGAUCACGUUAAGCGUCUCACUUGAGUAUAAUAAAGAGGAUUUUCUUUCUUUUUUCAUUUCUAUUGUUUCUUUUUUUGUGUUCUUUUAUUUUCUUUUCUU